CUAAACCUAUAAGCAGAACAUCACUUAAUCACUGAGACUUGAGAAGUUAUAGUCGUACUCUUGUCUUUGAAGUUAUUUGUUCGUUAAAAUAAAGAGAUUGUCGUCGUUGUCAUGGUGAUCCAUCAUCCGAGGAGAGAUGUGAGAGAGAGCUGAACCACCAAUGGAGAAAUAGGACUCGAUCUAGCAGAAUGAACGUGAUUUGGCUUGAGGAGAAAGAGAAUGAUGAGAAUAGACGGAGAUGGAGGGCGAGACGUGGCGGAGAAGAAGGGAUCAUCGUCACCGCAAAGGAGAAGCAUCGAAAGGAAGAGAUAUGGUUCAAUGACAGUAAGGAUAAGCUACAAUGAAGAAGAUCAGAGUAUACCUCAGCUGGGCAAAACAAAAGAGAAGCAAAGGAGGAAGAAGAUGAAGGAAAAGGGACAGAUCCGAGUUAGGGUUUUGUGCGACUGAUUCCCGUCAAACCAGUGGGAAUCAGAUGAAGAAUAAGAUAUCCUUGGAAAUCUCACGUUGUCAAGAAUCCACAGCCGAUGACGGAGUUUGAAUCAAGGUUAUAUUCAAGAAGUUAUUAGUGUUUCUUCCAGGACAAGCAACUGCAGAAAACUGUUUCGUAUUGGCUCCUUCGAGGUAACGUUUGGAGGUCUGAAACCAUUCUGAUCGGGACUAAAUUUUGUGGAGAGAUUCAUGACACUACUGGCUAGAUAAUCAACGGUGGGAUUGCAUUUUCAACGUUUGAGCUGAAGCUUUGCAGGAGCUUUCAUGACUCAUGAAGUAAGAUCUUAGUUGAUGGAGAACCAAAGUAGAGCUAAAGAACAUGUGGUUACAGUUAAGAUAUUAAGUGCGUCUAAAGAAGAAAGGAGAAGAGAGAUGCUUUUCAUCUUCAACUAGGCUAAGGUGAGUAAGCUUCAGGAGUUGUGUGCAAUGUAUUUGUUCUUUGUGAAGUUUAAUGAAAACGUUUUGGCAAGAUCGGAUGAAUAAUAUGCAGUCUUGGCCUAUAUGGCGGGACGGGUGUUACAGGUCUCCCAGACCUUAUGCACACUAAGAACAAUCUGCAUCCUGAUGGCACAGACAGUGUAAUUUGUGGCGGUGAGCAUCGGACAUUGAAUGGUUGAGGAAACACUUUCCUUAGGCGUUACAUCUAUUAUAUCGCCCAUACUGUCAACUUCAAACAGAGCACGACCUCUGCUUUGAUUUUGUCUUCACGUUAGGGUUGCUUAACGGAAUAAGAGCUCUGAUACCAAUUAUUGUUUAAGAACCCUAAAUAAACACCUUUUGAUCAAGA